GUCUCGGAGAAUGACCGGCUGUCGAGUGGCUGCUGCUGGACUGCUGCUCUUUCUGGUAGCUUUUGUUUCGGCCCAUACCGAGAUUCGUCCUAAAACUGAUCCACUCUGCAUUGCCGCAAAAUGUCAAGAAUCUGAAGUAUGUGUGGUGAAAAAUGGCGAGCCACAAUGUAUUUCAAAGCAAAAAUUGAUAAAACUGGCUAGAAAGCAUGGUCUAUACCACGGAAAACAUCAUCCAGUUAUGCCUCACAUUAAGCAUGAGAAGCAUGAAGAACACGCUCAGCACGAUCGUCUCGGGCAGCACAGAUGCACUCAUGAGGAGUUGAUCUCGAUGGGUGGACGUCUGCUACAGUGGUACGCGUAG